AUGUCGACGGCUCCGCUCACCAAAAGAAUACCCACCAUAAAAGAGAUCUCAGCAGAAGCCUCAAAGCUUGAAUUGCACACGCAUAUUGCACUCAAGAUCUAUCUACGGACAAUAUCUAGUGUUCUCCGACAGGCGGAACAGUAUAAACUUGAACAAGAUGUUCUUAACGCAUUCAAAUUUUAUAUGAAAUUUGCCGUAAUCACUCUUGACAAGUUGCCAGCACACCCGGAGUAUAACAAACCGGAGAGCAAAAAAAUGAUAGCCGACUUGAAAAGGCAAGCGGAUAAGGUACUUACAGAAAUGGCAAUUCUCAAACCAAAGCUUGAACAUAUGCGCGAAGAGCAGAUGAGAGCAGAACUGGAAGCGACAAAAAGAGCACAUCGGAAGGAAGCAGAAGAACGUGCGAGGAGGCAAAAGGAAGCAAGAAUAUUAGAUCAUACCCAGCAAGCAGAUCAAAUGUCUGCUAGAAGGGUUGAAGAAUGGUCUUUGAUAAAUCAAAUGAAUAAACUGCGGACUGAAAAAGAAAAUUACAGCGAAUACAGUUCGAACAAUUUAUCCUCGAAACGAAAUGCGCCAGGAGCUACUACGAAAGUAGAAUAUCCCACUGUAUCACUAAGAAAUGAAAGUGACGGGUAUUCAUAUACUGGUCUCAACGAUCGACCCUCGCCUUUUACGCCACCAGCACUGCCACCGGUGCCGCCGGAAUUAGUUGCUCCUCCACCAUCAAAGUCACCACCUGCUAUUCCGCCAAAGUUGCCACAUGAUGUUGAAGACGCGGACGUUUUUGUUCCACGGCUGCCACCAAAAGUGCCUCACGGACCACCUAAACCACCAAAGUUGGAAAACUAUACAAUGGACGAUAAGAACACAAUUUCUGCGGCUACGCUCCAAGUUAAACCAGAGAUUCAAGUAGAUGGAAAGAUAGAAGACGGCUAUGUCGAAGAGGUAGAUUACAAGGCAUAUACGGAAGGCGGAGAAGGUCUACGAACAAUAUAUUUGCCAUCCAAGUUGACCAGGGAAUUCUUAAAAAUCGCCGCAAAGAACACAAAAAAUAAUUUGGAAACUCUUGGUAUUUUAGUUGGAACUUUGUCGCACAACUCAUUCUGUAUCACGUCUUUAAUAAUUCCCAAGCAAACUGCUACUUCAGACAGUUGCAACAUGAUAAACGAAGAAGAACUCCUUGAAUGUGUGAAUCCGAACGAACUGACGUUAGGAUGGAUACAUACCCAUCCCACCCAAACAUGCUUUAUGAGUUCGAUAGAUUUGCAUACUCACUCAUCCUAUCAAUGGGGCAUUCCAGAAGCCAUUGCUAUUGUCUGUGCACCAAAGUACAACGACAUCCGUAUUUUCCGUCUUUCUAAUCCACCUGGACUUCAAGCUGUAAUCAAAUGUACAAAGAGAGGAUUCCAUCCGCACGCAGAAGAUGAACUUUUUGUGGACAUAUCUAAAAAUGGACAUGUUAUUAACAAAAACCUAGACUUACGAAUUGCUGAUUUACGAUAA